AUGAGCCAGCUGGUAGUAGAUUUAAAAUGUUUGAAGAAUAAAAUAGCAGCGAAUUACGACGUUAACUACAAUGUUGACGAUGGAAGCGGAGACAAGCUAAACAAUAUUCAUCCGUCCAAAAGAUUUAGGACUGUUGUUCGCUUAGUAGAUUUCUUGUUCUGCGGAUCCAAUAAAGAACUUAUUGAAGGUUUUUUCUGUCAAAUGGUAGUUAGGAAUCUUCAUUGCCUCAAUUUAACAAAUGGCGAAGAGGAGAUGUCUUUGUAUAUGAGCGAGAAAUUAUUUUCGGCCCAUAAAGACGAUUUGAUGUUGAUAAAUGGACAGGUAUUGGAUGUUCGCAUUGGUGUGUGGUAUGGAAUAUACCAAAGUCUGCCGAUCUUUGAAGUCAUUGAUUUCAAGAUACUGUCCAAGAAUGACGUUCGCCACUUCUGUGAAUUUGUCAGAUCACCACUUGGUGAGGAGUUUCUAAACAUUUCUAAUUCCUGA